UUUAGAUUCACAAAGGACCACCAAUGUCGGCUCCAUCGGUGGUAGACUGGCGCACCAACCGCUGCGGUAGAGAUUGACGAGAGAAGCAGCUUUUGCGCCAAUAAAAUGCCUGCAAACGCAGCGGGACUAGUCGUACAGAAUCAGAACUCGGCAUCACACAGCUUUGCGCCCCAGCAGUUUUGGGGAGUGGGGACGACGGAAGUCCGGCACGUAGCCUUUUCAGUUCAUCGCCUUCACGGUUAGUUGCCGACUUGCCGCGCACUGCCCCCCCUGCAGCCCUGCUCCCUCCUCGCCUGGCCUCACGAUCGGCAACGGCAUGACUACUCGCGACGCCCAUCUCGGAGUCGGAGUCGGAGUCGAGGGGGACGCCAAGGACAAGAACGCCGCCGCUGACGCCUUGACGGACGGAGGCGGCGGCCAUGAAGGAGCCGGGUCCGGCGGCGGGCGCAAGCUGUCCCUGGUGCCGCUCAUCUUCCUCAUCUUCUUCGAGGUCGCGGGGGGUCCCUACGGCGCGGAGCCCGCGGUGCAGGCGGCGGGCCCGCUGUACGCGCUGCUGGGCUUCCUCAUCUUCCCCUUCAUCUGGGCCAUCCCGGAGGCGCUGGUCACCGCGGAGCUCUCCACCGCCAUCCCGGGCAACGGCGGCUACGUGCUGUGGGCCGACCGCGCCUUCGGCGCGCUGCCGGGCUCGCUCAUGGGCACGUGGAAGUACGUCUCCGCCGCCAUCAACGGCGCCGCGUUCCCGGCGCUGUGCGCCGACUACCUGGCGCGCGUCGCGCCCGCCGUGUCGGGGGGGCCUGCGCGCGCCGCCACCAUCGUCGCCUUCAACGUCCUCCUCACGGCCGUCAACUGCGCGGGGCUCACCGUCGUGGGGUGGUCCGCCGUCGGGCUCGGCGUCGCGUCGCUCUCGCCGUUCCUUGUCAUGUCGGGCGCCGCGCUGCCCAAGAUCCGGCCGCGGCGGUGGCGCGUCGUGGCCCGGGAGAGGGACUGGAAGCUCUUCUUCAACACGCUGUUCUGGAACCUCAACUACUGGGACAGCGUCAGCACCAUGGCCGGCGAGGUGGACCGGCCAGGGAAGACGCUCCCCAAGGCGCUCGUGUCCGCCGUCUCCAUGACCUCGCUCGGGUACCUGCUGCCGCUCUUGGCGGCCACCGGCGCCCUCGACGUCGCGCCCGACAGCUGGGGGAACGGAUUCUUCGCCGACGCUGCAGGCAUGAUCGCCGGCAACUGGCUCAAGUACUGGAUCGAGGUGGGCGCGGUGCUGUCCUCCAUCGGCCUCUACUCGGCGACGCUGAGCAGCGCGGCGUUCCAGCUGCUGGGGAUGGCGGACCUGGGCCUGCUCCCGGGCUUCUUCGCGUCCCGCGCCCCGGUCUUCCGCACGCCGUGGGUCAGCAUCCUGGCCACCGCCGCCAUCACGCUGGCCAUGUCCUUCCUCAGCUUCAACAGCAUCGUGGCCGCCGCCAACUUCCUCUACAGCCUCGGGAUGCUCCUCGAGUUCGCCGCCUUCGUCUGGCUCCGCGUCAAGCAGCCCGCGCUGGCGCGCCCCUACCGCGUCCCCGCGCGCCUCCCGGGCGCCGUCCUGCUCUGCCUCGUCCCCUCCGUCUUCCUCGUCUUCGUCAUGGCCAUCGCCGGCUGGAAGGUGUACGCCAUCAGCGCCGCGUUCACGGCCGCCGGGGUGGCGGUGUACUACCUCAUGAGGCUCUGUAAGGCUAGAGGGUGCCUCAGGUUCAGCGACGGCGCUGGCGCCGGCGAUCAAGGGUCGACGGCGGCGGUUUACCAGCAGGGCAGCAGCAACGGCGGCGAUGUCUGAAAUGAUAGUAGACUCUGACUCUAACGACAUCAAACUAUCAAAGACAGUCAGCUGUGGGAGCUGUGGUGCUCUUGUGCCAAAGUACUACACGAAUUUGUAGGGUAGUAGUGUUUCCAAUUAGUGUAAUGGCAAAUGGCAUAGUUGAUUGUUAUUAUGGGAAAGGACUCGGUGUUUCUUGUUCCACUGCUUUUGCUAACCUCUGCUUUGCUUGUACAGUUGCACAAACUGUAAAGUCAGUUUAGAAGAUCAGAGAGAACCCCAAGGAAGUAGUAUUUCUGUUUCAUGAUCAGACAUGCUUACUAGUGUGUGUUCCUACUCCCCAUGCUUCUUG